AUGUCAACAUCCAUUUUCCGUACAUUAAAGAAUAUCUAUUCAUCUGGUUUAAAAAGAGCUGCUUGGCAAAUUCAACAUCACAAUGAUACCAAACGAGGUUGGUUAGUUGGAAUAGAUGAUUUUGGUAAUAAAUAUUAUGAAACUGAUGCCCCAGAAGAAAUUCAUUUACGUACAAGAUGGGUUGAAUAUGCUCAAUGGAAUCAAGAUAUGUCACAAGUAGAACCAGGUUGGCAUUAUUGGUUAGGUUAUGGUACUAAUACUCCACCUAAUGCCUUGAUUGGUGAUGCUAAAACAACUAGAGCUUAUCCUUUACCAGCUCAUCAUAAACCAAAUUUGACUAAUACUCCUGGUGCUUAUGUUUGUUAUAAUACUGCUAAACCGAAAUUCAAAUCUUGGACUCCUGAAGUGAAAGAAAGAGCUUAA